UGUGGGUGAUCCACUCGUUCCUUCCCACACGCGCCAAAAACCCAGCCACCAGCCCACCACCCGACCACCGUCUCCCUCCUGCUCCUCCCGUUCGUCGCCGUCCAAAAUUUGCCGAGGAGGAAAAAAAUUAUUAUUUUGCGGCGAGAAGCCUCAAGAAUCACUUCACUACUGAUGUGACGCGUGGUGCAGAGACGGAGCAAAGAGAGGGAUGUCUGUGCAGUGCGCGGCGCACGCUGUCCCGGCGCUCGCCGUGCUCCCGGCGCCGGCCUCUCGCCGCCGGGCGACCUGUGUGUCCUUGCCCCUUCCGCCCCGGCGGCUGUGGCGCGCCGUCGCGCCCAUACGCGCCGCGGAGCCAUCGUCACCUCCUUCAGCGGCGCCCGCCGCGCAGCCAACCGGCACCUUGGCCGGCGGGAAGGCUGCCGUCCCGGACGACGAGUUCUCCCUCGCCAAGGUGUCCUUCGGUGUGAUUGGGCUGGGUGUUGGGAUUUCACUCCUGUCGUAUGGAUUCGGCUCGUAUUUCAACCUGCUUCCCGGCUCGGAGUGGUCAGCGCUGCUGCUAACCUACGGGUUUCCUCUCACAAUCAUUGGCAUGGCCUUGAAGUAUGCAGAACUGAAACCAGUGCCCUGCAUAACCUAUGCUGAUGCUCUUGCUCUAAGAGAAAAGUGUACCACCCCCAUUCUGAAGCAGGUCAGGAGUGACGUUACACGUUUUAGAUAUGGUGAUGAGCAGCACCUGGAUGAAGCGCUACAGCGAAUCUUUCAAUACGGUUUGGGUGGUGGCAUUCCUAGACGUAAUGCGCCUAUAUUACAAAAAAUUCGAGAAGAAGUAACUGAGGAUGGGAAAUACAGUUUAGUUCUGGUAUUUGAAGCCAAAGCUCUGGAGCUAUCUGAUUUCGAGAAGAGACAGGCAAAAUUCACCUCCUUUUUUGGUCCUGGUAUUAAGGCGGAAAUUGGAAAAGGUGGUGAUCUAUAUGAAGUUCGUCUUAUCUCAGAGACCACUUAGAAACAUUCCUCAAAUACAAACUAAAAUUAUUUCUGCUUUUUCUUUGAUCCACUGAUUUUGCAUAUAUAUGAUAUUAAUAGUGAUAUAUUUUUGCCCUUCUUUUUGUUUUGGCUUCUCAGCUUUGAUAGCUAUUAUUGGUUGUUGACUCCUGACUGCAACCUAGCACUUUCAUACACUCAAUGGGCUUGUGCAAAGAAAAAGCUAUUGUAACAUUGGUAUAAAUGGACUUUCCCUCUUAAUGAAAAACGUGCUUAGGCACGGUCACUAAAAACAUUGGUAUAAA